AUGCCGAUCGGUAGACCCCGCAUACCUGGCACCGACGCAGAGAGGGCAGAGGUACGGAGAGCCAAAGUCCGUGCCAACGUUCAGGCGUUUAGGAAGCGCCAGAAGGAAAAGAAGCUAGCAGAGCAGGCCGUCCAGAGGCAGAUCAACGAAGAGGGUCUGGUUCAACCACACGAGGCGCUUCUGCAAAAGCAGCCGACGGUUCCUCUCCUCCCUCACGGCUGUUCACAAACGUGUGAAGCAUCCGUGUUUCCUCCAGAAGAUCCCGAAUUCUGGCUACAAGCCAUGCCUUCAGAAAUGGUUGCAAGGCUCGCGAGAACGACUUACCACGAUGCAUUUGUCGACGUUCUCAGGCAUAGAUUCGUGGCACCGCAAAGAGUCCGCGAGCGCACAAUGGAUGGGCCUGAACAAGGAUUGUCCAUGUGCUAUCUGACCUGGGUUACGGCAGCAACCCUCGAAAUCGGCAGGUCAGAAACCGAAGUCUUGAUGGAAGCCCUGCUGGCUGCCUCUCUUGCCAAAGUUGGAAGAGACCAAAAUGAACCGGGGAUGACAAUCCAUGGUGCCUAUAUGCAGACCCAGCUGAUUACCAACAAGUCCUGGGACAAUUUCAAUAGCCACCUGUGCGGGGUAGGAGCCUUGAUAUCCCAUGGUGGCGUCGAAGGAUUGAAUCAUCAGUUGUCUCAAGAGCACUUUUAUAGGUACCGGGCAAUCCAAACACCUUUCUUGUUCAUGAAUCGACAAAAAGCGUUCCUCUGCGACCCGGAAUGGACCAAUUUUCCCUGGAAAAAAGAUUUGGAGCUUGCUCGACACCCCUUGCACUCGAUGCUUGACAUUGCCCUCAAGGCUUUACCGGAGAUUGCCAAGCAGGAAAUGCCCAAAAGUUGGACAGUUUCUUGCCUCAGAGAGAGGCUUGAAAAGGCCUGCACGAUCGUGGCGGAACUGAAUGAGUGGGAGCGUCAGCUGCGAUUCCAGCAUCGUGGCGUCCUAUACACCGAGGUCCCCGCGACAUGGGAAGGUGUUUACAAGCGACGCCUGGACUUCCCCAAUAUUUCGAUUGCCAUCACAUUCGCCAUGUAUGCGGCGGCAAGGAUACACGUCGCAACUCUUGUGGCCGAUGUCUCAGAUGAGAUCAUCUGGCGCGUGCCAACAGCUGACAUACAUAGCACCUCAGCUGUCUGGGAGGCAUUGCGGUGGGCACGGCUUGCAUGCCAGAGCCUCGAAUACUUCCGCACCGACCAGCCCAAGGCUGCAGGACGGAUUGUAACGUUGUGGCCACUUGAGACCGCCUGGGAACUCUUUGCCAGGGUGGCGGCCGGAGGUUCUGUGGAUGUCUCGCAAGAGAUUGCGUGGUGUCGGUCUGCAGCUGAACAGCACGCAAAUCUCGGUAUCCCUCCAUUUAAAUGGAGAUAA